GACGUUGAUACGUUAUCUGACGCGUUUCCCGAUUCUAUCCAUGUGCCGCGAGACAAGGAUCGGCCAACGAUUAGUCAAACGUAGAUUGCGUCAGGAGGAACAGGUGUCCAACGAGUUUCAUCUUGAUCGAGAGGUAAAACCGGAUCAGUGGGUCAAGGCUGUUGACAUGAAGACGAAAAACAGGUCGCUGUUCAGCAGGAUGUGCAAGUGCUACGGCAGGAAGUCGGAGUCGCGCGCGCGAGUACACCAGACGGAGGACGAGUCGACCGUGGUACCGAAACUGUCCGACGAGAUAAGAGAUAUCUGCAAGGAGCUGAUCCUUUCCAACGAACAGCUCCAUAUGGUUAUGCAAAAAUUGGACGAUGAGAUGAACAAAGGUCUAUCGAAGGAAACGCACGAUCAGGCGGUUGUGAAAUGUUUCGCGACCUACGUCCAAGACCUUCCCGAUGGCAGUGAGAAGGGCCACUUUCUGGCCUUGGAUCUGGGAGGGACGAAUUUCAGGGUGCUCUUGAUCACCUUGGAUCACCAGAAUUUCGACAUGAAGAGCAAAAUCUACGCCAUACCACAGAGUCUCAUGUUAGGGACUGGUACACAGCUCUUCGAUCAUAUAGCUCAGUGUUUGGCGUUGUUCGUCAAGGACCUGAACCUUCACAACGAGCGUCUACCUCUUGGUUUUACGUUCAGCUUCCCAUUGUCUCAACACGGGCUGACCAAAGGCUACCUAGUCAGGUGGACGAAGGGUUUUAAUUGCAGCGGUGUAGUCGGCGAAGACGUGGUUGCUUUGCUCGAAAAGGCAAUCGCAAAAAGAAAAGACGUGAAAAUCGAGGUAUGCGCCAUUCUGAACGACACCACUGGUACUCUGAUGUCGUGUGCUUGGAAAAACAGGAAUUGCCGUAUCGGAUUGAUCGUCGGAACUGGUACCAACGCCUGUUACGUGGAGAAGACGACGAACGUACAAUGUGCGAUUCCAGGAAACUUCUCGCAAGAGAAGCCGUAUAUGCUGAUCAAUAUCGAAUGGGGUGCGUUCGGCGAGGGUGGUGUGCUCGAUUUUAUUCUAACGGAGUUCGAUCGAGCGAUCGACGAAAAUUCGAUCAAUCCGUCGAAACAGUUGUUUGAGAAGAUGAUCUCCGGCAUGUACAUGGGAGAAUUGACGAGGUUGGUUCUCGAAAAAGUGGUGAACGCCGGGCUACUGUUUGGUGGAAAGUGCCCCAGCGAUCUUAAGAAACGGGGCAAAUUCUUCACGAAAUACGUUUCAGAAAUCGAAAACGAUGCUAAAGGGAAAUACACGAACUGCCGCGAAGUACUAGCAGAAUUAGGAUUACGAAACGUAAGUGACCAGGACUGUGAAAACGUUAGGUACGUUUGCUCUGUUGUGUCGAGGAGAGCAGCUCACCUGGCCAGCGCUGGAAUCGCCACGUUAUUGAACAAAAUGGGCGAAGACAGCGUAACAGUCGGAAUCGAUGGCUCGGUUUACAGAUUCCAUCCGUACUUCCACGAGCUUAUGACCGAGAAGAUAAGCCAGUUACAGAAUUAUAAGUUCGAUUUAAUGCUCUCGGAGGAUGGCAGCGGUCGUGGUGCGGCGCUGGUCGCCGCAGUGGCUGCCGGACACCGGUGAAGACAACGGCUGUGCCGCGACUCCUCAAACUUAGAUUAAAUUAAGUUAUAUGCAGUAACGAUUCAAAUUUGACACACCAUUAACAUAUACGUACACAGAAAAUGUAUGAAGUCACGCGUAUGUGCCGAGGAAAAAGUCGAAGAGAGCUAGCUAUUAAAUAAACUAAAAAUGAAAGAAAGGAAGCGAGAGAGGGAGAGAUAGGUAAAUAAAAGAACGAGUGAGAUUCUGUCCGUUAGGAAGAAUAGAGAGCAAGAUCGAGAAUGAAUGAGUGUGAAAACGAAUGAGAGCUGAAUGUGCACUUGUACAUAGAGCAUAAAACGUAGCCUAAUCUCUGCGAAAAUAUCGAAACAACGGUACUUGAAGGAGUACUUACAGAUCGACGAGCAUAUUUACGCUCGUCACUACUAGACCGGAGAAGGAAACAGAACAAAUUUAUAACGAAGUGUUUUCACGCGAGACGUGGUUGCACACGAGCAAACUAAUAAACGAAACUACGAAUAAUGUGCAACAGAAAUCCUAUUACUGCCAUAAGUGCAGACAAAUACGUAUACGUAGACGCGGCUGGAUGGAAGGAAUUUGAAAGAAUUUCAAUCGUUCCUUCGAAGCAAAGGCUACGUGAAUUUAUCGGCAUUACGCGUGUGCUCCUAGCUCGCGAUACAUCAUAUAUCACGAAAUGUCGACGAAAACGGUCGAUCUCGAUGUUCCUCCUUGACAGAACAUGCACAAAGAUGCGACUGGUUCGCGAUCCUGUGGGUCAGUCUCUUCUGUUUCGCUACUGCUCCGAAAUCUUUGCGGAAGAGGAUGAAAAAAGGAACGGGCGGAUCCUUGGUUUACAUAGAGCGAUUUAUAAAUUAUUUGUAUCGUCGUUUUAUCCUACAGUAAUCUUAUUGUAACAUUUAGACGCGCGUGAUUGAGACGAUGGUCGCGCAAGUGGAGAAAGAAUGAGCGGAACGAGGGUAAAAGAAGUUAUGCGUGCGUGAAAGAAGUUCGGUAUGCAAAACGAGAUUAUAUGUAUAUUAAUAUCGAGACGAAAAAGAAAAAAAGAAAAAAACAAAGAAAUGAAAAGACGAAGAGAUAGCGCGAGCAAAUAUUAGAGAAAGUGUGUUUUGCAACAGUUCAUUAGAAAAAAAAAUGUGUAGUAUCGUUUUAAGGGAUUUAGGCGGUUUGAAGUAUUUUUAGAUUUAUAGGCCACGGUCGCGCUCAACGCGUACGUCUUCUUUGGACGUCACUCUUAUUGUUACGACGACGAUGAUGACGAUCGCCGCGUAUAUACGGACGAUCUUUUAACAUUGUCUCCGGAACGAUUCUUCGAAGACGUUCCCAUUGAUAUCGCGACUUAAAUUAUACAACGUACAUUAAAGAGGAUGACAAAAAAGGAAAGACAAAAAAAUUAAAAAAGAAAAAAGAAAGAGAGAAAGGCAAAUGUGUGAGUGAACGCGUAUAUGAACGAGCGAUUGAUUCUAAGUCGUGACUCUCGAUACUAUGUUUUCCCGCCACUCUCUCGUGUCGAGAGGCGAAUAUUUCUUUGGAGUUCAAAGAUCGAUGGAGCAGAAUAAUAAACGACCUGUUUUGAGAGCAAAUUGACAGUUAUCUCUAUUAUCGUUUUAUUGUCGCGAAAUUGUAAUAAAAAUAAGAUACUUAGACUCAUACUAUUCCAGUACUUUUUCAUUUCAGUCGAAAAACAUCAUUGUUAAAGUUGUUCGAUACUCAAAUUCCUUUCUCAGUACUUUUGUCCGCAUAUUGGAUCAUUUUCGUAAGUCAUAAGCAAUGCAGGUUUUCCUCAGUACGGUAAGAAUCCGUGUAAUGUACGUUUGGAAACUCGUAACUUUUAUUAUCCGAACUGCGAUCAAAGGAUUCAAGAGAAAAAUGAUACAAUUGACGAAGUCUUUAAAUUGAAGAAACGUUCGAUCGCGUCACAAUUUCAUAAAGUCUCGCAAAUUCGCAACAAAAUUCUAUAAAUUGUAAAAUUAUAAGAUAUAAUAUAUUUAAAAAGAAAAAUGCAUCGAGGAGACAGGAACACUGGAUAGUGUUCGCUAUAAAUUGCACCCAUGUUAAAGAAGAAACAGUUGCAUCAAAUUAUGUAUCAGCUUACAAUGAGACAAAACGUACAAACUCGCUCGACUUCAGUUUUCUGAAAGGGAAUAAUUAGCGAACAAAUUUGUAUUACCAGAACCAUUUCAUUAUAAUUAUCGCAGCUGUUUUUAUUCCUGGGAUAAACAAAAUUUUACCAUAUGUAUGUGUAUCUAGGUAUUACUCUCAAUUUUUUGCAACUAGUAAUUAGUCGAACUAAUAUGCUUUUUAUUCGGCUACUAGUACAACUUUACAAAAUUGGCGGUCGUAACGAAUUCUAUUAUAUCAAACUCAGGUCUCAGAAGAACCUUAUGACCUGAUAUUGUCCUCCUUAUGCCAUUAUAUUCUCCUUAUAUCAUUAAUAUCGAUAUCACGAUUCGAUAGAUCAUACAAAUUUAUAAUUAAAUAUAAAGUAAUCAGAUAUUUUUGAAGUCAAUCGUAUCGAACUGAUCGUCUCGAUUUAUAUAAUUAAAAAAAAAAAAACAUUCAGCCCGGUUUGAGGAACUUUAUCAAAAAUAGUAGAAAAUUCGUACAUUCGUGAUUUGAACAUAAGAAGCACGAUACGGAUCGAACAGAUCCUAGCGACCUGAAGAAAGAAGAAUCAUCGCUCCUCUAUCUUUACUCCAAAGUUUUCCUCCUAUUGUUUCGUACGCGACUCGAAAACGCGAUGAGGAUCGCCGCGUACUUUCCGGAUCUGGGCUCGAUUGUCAUUCGGUUCGUGUUCUCCGAUUACGAAACAGUGGCGGGAAGAGAAGUGUCGGUCAAAAGCUUGGCCAGAACGAGGAAUUGUUGCUAUAUAUUCUGUAUUUAUUUUCGUCGUCAUUUCGAUAAGACUUCGCGGUGUGUACCGAUAAAAUUCGCGUGGACGGUGGAUCUAUCGACGAAGAGAGAGAGAAAGAGAAUUCUUUUGUGAUCGUCGUUUCACGCGAAGAAGAUUCUCUCUGCUUCGUCCCGUUUCCUCGAACCGAGCCGAAUCGAACGUUCGUCUCCGAUCGCUUGCUGGUCUCUCGUCAUCGAUGUUGCGGCGACUGUUGAGACUAAAGGUGGUGAGUAGCUCUGCCGCGGUAUACUUAGCGCGAUCACGCGGAUCCACGUGAGCGUAACGUUCGAAUUAACGUGCGAUGUCGACACGAGCACGAAACGUGUCGUCGCGUAUUCUACCGAUUAUUAUUGUAAGAUACCAUGCACACCAACGACGCUAUUUCGUUGUGAUUUUGUUGAUAGUGACGCUGUGUGAUUCCGUAUCCCGUAGUUUUAGAUUGUUGACGAUGCAUCGGAAAUUGGUAUCAGAGAUUGUUGAAGCAUCGGAAAAUGGUACUAAAAAAUUAUUGGAAUUGUGGAUCGAUAAAGGUGUCUCAAGAAGGAUAGUACAACUAUAGCCAAUUGUAUAACUAAAUUCUAUAUAUAAACGAGAAAUAAAGUUCUUCCGUUCGAAUUGUCAGCUUUAAAGAAAAAUAAAGUAGUAAAGCGCCACUGGUGCGAAAUUCCAACGAUAUUGUGUCAUGCGUCUGUACAGAUCUAAAGAUAAUUAAUGUGACAGAAAAAAAGCGGCAAAGUACGAGUACAAGUGCGAGUACACGUUCGGAUUCCUACAAUGCGAGGAAUUCUCGUGAUCGAGCAUCGAAUUACUGUAUUCUAGGCUGCGUAAGAAAAAUCAGCGGCUACAUGAGGCGCGCGAUCUAACUGUACUGUUCAUCGAUUUAGAUCGCGACAGCGUAUUUGUAAAAGUGUCGAGUGUCCGAUAAGAAAUUUGGUAGGAUGUUUAGCGAGAAACAAAGUUGUUUUCCUUGGUUAAUCGUGAAUGAAUCGAUCGAUUCGAAGGAGCGAGUAGAAUCGAAAGAUCGUCGAAGACAGCGAAUCGAUUAUAUCGGCGGAGCCUGAACCGCUUUCACGAUUUUUCUCACGACUUUUUUUAUAUUCACAAACUGGUUAAUGUUGUUGAGAUGUGUACACGUUAAAGGUGCAAAAUAAAAGUCAUCGUAAAU